CGAAUUGAUACAAUACGGAUCAAUUAAAGUCACAAAGACUAGCCCUUUUUCAGAAACACCCUGCACGUAUUUUGACAUAUUUGGAUAAAGUUAGAUGCACCUUCUUUGAAGCAGAACAGGACCACUUCGAAGUAGGAGAACGACCUCUUUUAGUUAACUUCAAAAAAUAUAAACUUAAAGAUCUAUGGAAUGAAUUAGAUGCCAGAAGAUUGAGAGGAAUUUGAAUUACUUCACUGUGAUCACAGAUACUUUCAAUAUUUGAUACAAUCUUUGUUAUCACAAUGGCUCUUUGUAAAAUAAAUCCGCAUUCUUAUACGACAAAUAUAAAACACUGACGCAACGUUUUAAGCCAAACAGUUGAGAAAAGAUGUCUGAAGUAAUAACAGGUUUGUUGAAGGCUGCCUUUGGUUUGAUAUCAAACAAGAUUCGUGAUUACAGCGCAGAGAAACUCCAAGAUGGAGGACUCGUUGAUCAAAAGUUUCGAGGUUUGAUUGUUCGUGAGUUAGACGACAUUUCGUCGAAACUCGAUGCCAUUUCAAGGAAAGAACUCCUCACGAGCAUCAGUUUUUUAAAGCAAGGAAUCGACCGUCUGGGAAUGGCUUUGGAAGAGACUUUUAAGACCAUGGACCAGCCGACGGUUGGAUUACCCAUCGCUGGGGCAAGCUCAAACGAAACGAAACCAGCUCAGUCAGUUACGGUUGAAGAAGCAGUCACUUUAGCAAACGCCAUUCAGAAACUCAAAAUCAUAUCAAAUGAACGUUUCUCGUUGGCAAACGAAUCUUUUAAGGAAGCGGGAAAGCAAGCCAGCCUAGCGUUUAAUAUCACGACGCUGUACAUUGAGGAACGAAUCCUUGCGACUAAAGUUCGCAUCACAAGUGGAAUACUCCAGAAUUUGAACGACCCAGAACUCGCCGCAAACGACUGUUUACAAUGUCUGAGAGAAUUGAAUAGUCUGCCUGCCGUACAAGACAUAUUCUAUGUGCACAGCAAAGGUGGAAUAAAGUCUUUCAUUGAAAAAAAAUCGCGAUCGGAAAUCGUGGAAACCGUAACGAUGAUCAACUUGGUCUUGGCUGAUUUCAUCACGAGGUUCACAACGCGAAGAAUGAGUGUCUUUGAAUGGCCAAUGAUAGAGUGUGGUAAGAGAGUUAUCCAUCCAGUUCAUUAUGAUAAAAGCAGCCUGCCAAAUAUCAAAAGAAUAAAAAUCACACCACCCUGGGACGUUGUCGCACAUGAAGAAGGAACGUGGCGUUUUGAACGAAUGCAAAAUGGGCAAAUCCUUUAUUUCCUUACUGAUAGAUGCGUUCUUAAAAAACUGGGUAAAACAGGUGAGCUGCAAAUGUACACUAUAUUUCCUCCUUUUGAAGAGAACAGUGAACAUUCUCAGUUUACCGAUGAAGACAAAUUUGCUCGCACGAGAAUCUAUGAUGUAGCCGUCGAUGAAGAUGGCACAGUGUACGCUCUUUCUAGUACUGACAGUUUAGAAAACAAAUUGUCGGUGUACAGCGCGGAUGGAAGCACACAACAUCAUCCAUUGAAAUUCCUUGAAGCGAAAGACAAUGAUAAAUCUUGGCGCGGAAUAGCGGUGACCAACGACAAGAAAAUUGUCAUUACUGAAGAACGAUUUGAGUCAAAUUUCAAGAUAUUUCUAUGUAAAAGCAAUGGGGAACUGCUAAACGGCUUUGAUACGGGUCCGAAGUUUCGCAGUGAGGAUCAUGUUGUGAAGGAUGUAUCUGUAACCAGCGAUGAUGAAAUAGUUCUCCUGACAAAAAACCUUGAAACGCGUUUCAACAUGAUUGGCGUCUUUAAGGAAGAUGGAAAGUUACAAAGAGCUGUUAAAUUUCGAACAAGUGAUGGUAAGGACACAUAUCGCAGCCUAUUUUAUAACCAAGCCUCUAAAACCAUUGUUGCCUUCGAUUGGGACUUCCGUGAUGAUGACUGGGCAAUUAUGAUAGAUUAUUUGUCUGAUCAAACUGCUGAACGCAAGCGUACUUACGUCCUGAGACUGAAUGACACAAACCUUCCAAACCUUCCAGAACAUUUAUUAACUUUAAAGCUAACCGGCCACACAAACGGUGCACUUGCUUUGGUAAGCGAGAAACAUUUCAUUUCUUUGCAUCAAUCUUGUCCGUGAACUUAAACGAAAACCAUUCAAAUUUCAUUAUGGACACCUUAUAUACCUUUAAUUUCAAUGAACAUUUUGAUAAAGACCUUUCUGUAUGAAAUAUAGUUAAAAAUACGAAAUGUAAAU